GCUCUCAUGAAGCUAAACAAUUAACACAAACGCAAUCAACGCAGACCAAUUUCAAUACUGAACCUGACCUCAAUACAACUCCCCUGUCCCGAAGUAAUUCUUUAAUUCUUUCGCAGGAUGCACAGGACGAAUUGUUUGGGAUCUCUUAG